AUGUUGGCUGUGGCUCUGUUUGCUCACGGUGGCCCACAAAACGCGGCGGAUUGGCAGCGGUGGCGGUAUGGUAGCGGUGGUGGAGCGAGAGGGUCAUCGUGCUCGUCGUCGCGGGUUGUGCUCCACGUGGCGGUGAGCGUGCUGCUUGUUCUCUCCGUGACAGCGGCACCAUCAAGGGAAAAGCUUCUGUCGUUUGAGCUCUCACCUCCUCCAAGCCCAGAGAAGGCCCCACCGCCAGGCGGUCUCCAGAAGUACUGGUUCUUACUGAACGAUGAUGAUCGCCCCUUCUCAAUGGAGCCCAAUGGGAACAUCCAGCUUGAUAUAUUGUCGCUGGUCUUUGACGUGAAUGGAUACAGGGAAUACAUUGAGAACUUCGUGUCACUUUUGGAGAAGGACAAUUCUUCUUACUACGCUACAUACUUCAUGAAGUGGCAACCGCGCCUGAACAAUCUCUACGCAGCAAUGAAGCUGUCGGGGAACUGCAGCAACAGCAUAUCACCAGAGUAUAACACAAAUCUGUCCUCGGUCAUAGACGCGGAUUUUAUGGCGCUGGAUGCGAGAGUUAUCUUGAAGGUAUUUAGCCUUCGUGAUUGGCGGAGAAUGAUGCAAGACGCGCGCACCGGUCAGAACGCUUUGAUAGGCGCUGAUAUACGAAAGCAUGAUUCGUACAGUGAAACUCCAGAGGACCUUUCUGCUCAGGAAGCGCUGAAAAUAUGUAGGGUUCCUGCGCUCUACUCAGUGUAUCUGGAUACAGGUGGCCGAAGACGUUUCCCUGGUAUCGUUUGGGGCGGUCAACACCAAACGCAUCUCGUUGUCGUGAUCGCGCAGUGCAGCCAUAUUCCCUUGUCAUUGGGGGUCGCGUUGCAUCUGUCGAAUGUUGGUGGGAAAGGAAGCGCUGACUACAUAUCGGUGGAGUCAGUGUAUCUGUUCUUCCUUAUUGCCUACAUCAUGGUGUUUGGGAUCAUUUUGCUUCUUGUACUUCCAUGUGGGCAUUCUUUCGUGCCACAGCCUGAGAGAAACCAACCACGCUCUAGUGACGAGGGUGGCAUUAGAGUUACCGACCCCAGAGGCGGAGGUAGUAAUGCUACAUCAAAUAGUGGUACAGAUGAAAAGCCUGUAAACACUGAGAAACUUGAAAACAAUCAACCAAGGCGAUCUCGGUUUGAUGGUCUGUGGGAUGGAGACGAAAGCGAAGAAAGCAGUAAAAUGGUUGGAAAGCAAACGUCAUGCUUUUGUGGCAAUUUAUUUCGAACAGUAAGGCGGUUUUGUGGCCAACAACUAUUGCUUCUCUACCCUACAUUGCAAUGGGUUCUAUUGGCCUGCAUUCUCAUCAAAGUGGUUCUGUGUGUACUGCGUCUGACACAGUAUAAGCUGGCUGGUGAGUCAGCGAUGGCAAUACGGAAUAGCAGUAUUGAUAUCCUUGUUAUUGUGUUGACGGUGUGUACCCGCUCUGCAUUUUUUACAAUGCAGCAGUUCGUCUGUGUGGGAUGGGGGUGCGCGUAUGUAAAGCCACCAACAGCGAAGAUUGUGUNCUCUGCAUUUUUUACAAUGCAGCAGUUCGUCUGUGUGGGAUGGGGGUGCGCGUAUGUAAAGCCACCAACAGCGAAGAUUGUGUCUGCCUCGUUAGCCUCCAUAACUGCAUUUUCUAUCUACGUGCUCAGUAGUACUUGUGAGGGAAGCACCACAGUGAAGACAUUAACCGUGUUGAACGAUGUUGGGCACGUGAAUCUCCGCUGUAUUUCUAUUGGCAUGACCAUGCAUGCGUUGGAGGUGCUGGGCAGUAUGCUGAACAUUUUCCAACUCACGGCACUCACGGCGACAAUUGGUCGCGCUGCCUCAACUGGAAUGGCGCAGGGGAAAGCUAGAGUAUUCAUUGACAAGACGUCCCUUUACCUGCGCUACCGCGGAAUGUGUCUGCCGUACACCAUUGGCAUUCUCAUGCCACAAAUAGUAUAUGUUGUCUUCUCCAUGACGCUCAUGGAAUUCGAUGACCACUACCUGGAGGUUGGAGUUGAGGAGUUUGUGCAAUGGUACGCGGCGGUUUUCUUUCUGUUGUUCCUGCGCAAGGAUCCUCUCUAUCUAUGA